UCCACCCCUAGUGAAUUACCAGUUCCUACUUUAUCACCCGACAACAGCAGCAAACCUUCAAAACUCAGUUGACAAUUGGUUAACAAUUAUACAUUUGAAUAGAGCAACACGGUAGAAGAAGUUGGAUUUCUGUUCAAGACUUCAACACCAUGCACCUUAACCCCACUCAAGACUGUCUUGGCAAAAAGAAAGAUAUUAUAAAUGACACUGAAGACACAGAGGAUACAGAGGAAGAUGAUGUGGAUAACAAUGGCAGUAAGCUGCUUGAUGUUGUGGGGGGUGAUGCAAGUCAUCCCCCAAUGGAUUCUCCCAUUCCUCUUCCGAGCAGAGACAAACACAACACAUUAAAUAUGGACCGUUUGUUUGGGGCAGCAUCAAAAGGAGAUGUCUGUCUCUUAAAUGGAUUCCUGGAGUACUUUCAACUUACAGGGAAACAUCUUACAGACAGAGAGUUUAGAGAUCCAACAAAUGGGAAAACAGCUCUUCUGAAGGCCCUCUUGAAUCUGAAAGAUGGCAAGAAUGACACUAUUGAAACUCUUCUGGAGAUUGCAGAGAUAACUGGGGGUUCACAAGGUUUAAAAAACUUUGUCAAUGCUCCCUACACAGACAUUUAUUACGAAGGUCAGACUGCUCUUCAUGUUGCUAUUGAGAGACGAAGCUUUCACUUAGUGAAACGUCUAGUUGAAAAAGGCGCCGAUGUCCAGGCCAAAGCGUCUGGCAAGUUCUUCCAGCAAUAUGCAAAGCCUGGUUUUUAUUUUGGUGAGCUUCCUCUGUCUUUGGCAGCCUGCACCAAUCAGCUGGACAUUGUGUCCUAUCUCAUGGAGAACCCAUACAGCACCGCUGACCUGACUGACAGAGAUUGUCAGGGCAACACAGUCUUGCAUGCACUAGUCGCCAUAGCAGACAACACCCCGGAAAAUACUGACUUUGUCACAAGAAUAUAUGAUGGGAUUCUUAUAAGGGAUGCUAAACUGGGAAAGGAGAGGGACAGCAAAACAAAUGACAUAAUCAAACUAGAGGAUAUUGAAAACAACCAUGGGAUGACUCCUUUAAAGUUAGCCGCCAAGACAGGAAAGAUUGGGAUUUUCAGACACAUGGUGCAGCGUGAGUUCACAGAGGAAGAGACCAUAGACCUUUCCAGGAAGUUUACAGAGUGGGCCUACGGACCCAUCCACUCCUCCCUGUAUGACUUGGAGUCCCUCGACACCUACGAGUCAAACUCGGUGUUAGAGAUUAUUGUCUACGGCAGUGGGAUUCCGAAUCGCCACGAAAUGCUGGAAACAGAACCUCUACACAGACUUCUUGAGGAGAAAUGGGAUAUGUUUGCCAGUAAGAUGUUUUUCGUCAAUUUUAUAGUUUACAUGGUAUACCUGGGUAUCUUCACAGCUGUGGCCUUUUACAGAAAAGAAGGACAGACACCAUUUCCUGUAGAAGACACACCACUUGACUACCUUCGUAGUGUUGGCGAGUUUAUUAGUGUUAUAGGUGCAAUUUACUUCCUCUGUAAAGGGAUAAUUAAUCUAAAAAGAAAACCCCCAAACUGCCAGGCUUUGUCUCUUGACGGAUUUUGCGAUAUUCUAUUUGUCCUGCAGGCUGUGCUCCUUCUGGUCUGUGUGCUUUUAUAUGUCUGUGGUCAGACGGAAUAUGUCGGACCUCUGGUGCUUUCACUUGCCUUCUCCUGGAUCAAUCUCCUUUACUUCACCAGAGGGUCUAGACACAUGGGCAUGUACAGUGUCAUGAUGCAAAGGAUGAUCAUGGGGGAUAUUGUACGAUUUCUUUUUGUCUACAUUGUCUUUCUUUUAGGUUUUUCUAUAGCUAUUGUGGUGCUAAAUCCACCUCUCAGAUCUCUGUCAAGGAAAGUGGGACUUCGCUCUGAAAUCUGCACGAGGCCAACCUAUAACAACAUAGGCUUUACCACCCUGGAGCUUUUUAAGUUUACCAUCGGUAUGGGUGACCUGGAGUUUACUGACCAGGUCCAGUAUAAGGAGGUGUUCUACAUUCUUCUAAUCUCCUACAUCAUCCUCACCUACAUACUGCUGCUCAACAUGCUCAUAGCCCUCAUGGGUGAGACUGUAGAGAAGAUCUCCAGAGACAGCGAAAGCAUCUGGAAAUUACAGAGGGCACAUACCAUCUUAGACUUGGAGAGAAGCCUUCCUAAGUGCUUCAGGAAAAAACUGAGGUCGGGAGUGGUGAAGAAGCUUGGAGUUGCCCAUCGCAGGUUUUUCCGGGUAGAAGAAGUCAAUUGGAAGAAAUGGCGGACCAACCUGGGAAUCAUAAAUGAGGAAGAUCCUGGGAGUUGUGAAAUUACCAAAUUACACUCCCAUGAAAACACUGAGCAGCAAGGGAAUCAACUGCGACUAAGUCCUUUACUGCGGAGGUUCAGCUUCAGGCAGAAUCAAGGACAAAAUAGACAAGGCGACAUUACUGCCAAUGUUUAAGGUCACCCAGUCAAAUAUUGGACCGUUUUGGGACCCACAAUUUUAUUCGAAAUGUAAUUAAACUUUUUUCCUUGUAUGUUUUAUGCAAUUACCUAAAAGCAUCUUGUUUUAAACAAGUUUUAUAUUACUACAGUUUAAUAUCUUAGUUUUGUAUCUGCAUGAGUUGCCCACAAGAUACCCAUCUCAAAGUGACUCCAUAUCAAAAGGAAAAAGUAUAACAAACGUACUUGGAUGUGAAAUCAACCAGGUAAUGCAUUUGCUUCUGACUUCACUCAGUUGUAGAAAAUAAAGAGUCUUGGUCG